AUGGGUCUGGCGAGCUACUUCAAGGCUUCGAGCCGGCAAGACGCUGCGCCCACGACUGCCCCUCCCCCUCCCGCCGCUGGCCCCGAUGCUUCACCGCAGGCGGCCGCCCCGUCGCGGCAGCGGCAGCGGCAGCAGAAGCAGACGCAGCACUCGGCAGCCCCGAUGUCAGAGAAGAGGCAGGGCCCCGUGGGCGGUAUCGGCGACUUGGAGCUGCAGCCUCCCACCUCGCGCUUCAACUCGCGUCCCCAGUCCAUCUCCGGGCGGUCUAUACGCUCCAACCGCAGCUCCAUGUUCGUCGACGACAUCAAGCACGAGGUCAUGGUCAACUACCUCUACCAGCAGCAAUGCUCGCACCUCUGGGUCAGCGACGGCUCCGGCGACGUCGAGGGCGUCCUCCUCCGCAAGUCGAGGGGCGUGUACAUGGCGUGCCCUCCUCAGCUGGGCAACUCGUCCUUUGCCGCCUCUUGCACCGCUCUCAAUGUUCAGUGUGCCAUAACCGUCAACUCCCGCGUCAUCAAGACUUUCCUUCAAUGGUCCCCCGGAGCGGUCGAUGUGCCCCUGAUGAAUGGCCUGAGGGUGCAGAUUCUCCCGACCAUAGAGGACCUGGCGCGCGCGAGGAAGCACCAGUUCGCCGCCUUUGUCGCGUCCGAGGGUCUCCUGGUAGUGUGGGACGACGACGCCCUGCACGUGAUUCAGAGGGCCAAGGCCAUCGAGUCGGAGCUCAUGGAGCUCGUCUGGAAGCAGGGGGGCGCCGACGACGACGACUCCGACGAGAAGGCGGGCCCGGCCGCGGACGAUUCCGAGAUGGACGAGGAGAGCGGCGAGGUCAGGCCUGAGAGGCGGCCGAUACACCUGCAGAACAGCGUGCUCGUCAUGCUCACCCUGAUCAUCGUCAUCCUCGCCCUGGGCGCGGCCUGGCGCCAGCUGGCCAUCGAGGUGUCGGUGGACGGCGACUACAGCCGGCUGGGCCUCGUGGCUCUGUUCCCCGUCCAGAUCUUCUUCACCCUCUUCUUUGCUCAGGUCAUCGUCGGCUGCCUGGCGCAGAUCUUCGGCCCCAUCCACCAGCUGUCGGUCAACUCCAAGUUCUACUCGGCGCGUUCCCCCCGGCAGCUGCAGACCGACUCCCUCCCGCACGUGACGAUCCAGUGCCCCGUGUACAGGGAGGGUCUGCAGGGCGUCAUCAUGCCGACGGUCAGGUCCGUCAAGCAGGCCAUCUCGACCUACGAGCUGCAGGGCGGGUCGGCCAACAUGUUCAUCAACGACGACGGCCUGCAGCUCAUCUCGGAGGAGGACCGGCGGGCGCGCAUCGACAUGUACGCCGACAACAGCAUCGGCUGGGUGGCGCGGCCGAGGCACGGCGAGAACGGCUUCCUGCGCGGGGGCAAGUUCAAGAAGGCGUCCAACAUGAACCACGCCCUCAUGAUCUCGUGCAAGGUCGAGGACAGGCUGCAGGCCAUCAGCCGGCCGGCCGAGUGGAGCCAGCACGACGAGGCGCAGGCCUACGAGCAGGCGCUGAAGGAGGUGCUGGAGGACGACGGCGCGACCUGGGCCGACGGCAACGUCCGCGUCGGCGACUACAUCCUCCUCAUCGACUCGGACACGCGCGUCCCGGCCGACUGCCUCCUGGACGCCGUCUCCGAGAUGGAGCAGGCGCCGGAAGUGGCCAUCAUGCAGUUCUCGUCUGGCGUGAUGCAGGUGGUCAACACGUACUUUGAGAACGGCAUCACCUUCUUCACCAACCUCAUCUACACGGCGAUCCGGUACACCGUGUCCAACGGCGACGUGGCCCCGUUCGUCGGCCACAACGCCGUCCUCCGCUGGUCGGCCGUCCAGCAGGUCGCGUACCGGGACGGCGACGGCUACGACAAGUUCUGGUCCGAGAGCCACGUGUCCGAGGACUUUGACAUGUCGCUCCGCCUCCAGUGCGACGGCUACACCGUCCGCCUGGCCGCCUGGGCCGGCGACGGCUUCAAGGAGGGCGUGUCGCUGACCGUGUACGACGAGCUCGCCCGCUGGGAGAAGUACGCCUACGGCUGCAACGAGCUCCUCUUCCACCCCGUCCGCACCUGGCCCUGGCGCGGCCCCUUCACCCCGCUCUUCCGCCGCUUCCUCCUGUCCAGCAUCAGGUUCACCUCCAAGAUCACCAUCGUCUCCUACAUCGGCACCUACUACGCCAUCGGCGCCGCCUGGAUCAUGACCGCCGCCAACUACUUCCUCGUCGGCUGGUUCAACGGCUACCUCGACAAGUACUACAUCGACUCGUGGCAGGUCUGGUUCUCCAUCAUCAUCGUCUUCAACGGCCUGGGCAACGUCGCCCUCGCCAUCAUGCGCUACCGUAUCGGCGAGAGGUCCCUGCUGUACUCGCUCUUGGAGAACUUCAAGUGGACCGUCAUGCUGGCCAUCUUCCUCGGUGGCCUGUCGCUGCACGUCAGUCAGGCCCUGCUCGCUCACAUGUUCGAGGUCAAUAUGACGUGGGGUGCGACGAGCAAGGAGGCCGAAUUCUCAAACUUUUUCAUCGAGGUCCCCAAGGUUUUGAAAAAGUUCAAAGGAUCAAUCGUCUUCUCUCUCCUAUCAAUUAUCGCCAUGAUCGUUCUGGCUGUUGCCCCCUUUGUUCCUCACGAUUGGAAGAUCACCGACUUCGUGGCUAUUCUGCCCAUGGCCACCGUCGCUGCUAGCCAUUUCCUGCUUCCUCUGGCUUUGAACCCUGCCCUCAUGACAUUCUCAUGGUGA